GUCAUCAUGUUGUGAUUGCUUGCUCAUUCAUUCGAGCACGAAAUACAUUUAAAUGCAGCGGAAAUCAGCAACGAGAGCGAAACUGUAUGGAGAUCGGCUAAGUAGGCAUUUACCGGAGGCACCUGAACGCAGCACAAAUACAGUUGCGCAGUUCAGGGACCGCUCUCAGCUUUUGCGCACCAAAAACUUUACCUGAGUUUCCUUUUCCAGCCCUCUGCUCAGAUGUCUACUGCACUGAGCCUACGUCUUCUCCACUGCUACUCAAAGCCAGGCACUUUUGGCUGUGGUCCUGGUGUCAUGCGUUCUUUCAGUCUCAGUGCUAUCAGGGAGGGCUACAAAUAUGUUAAUGCCCAGGAGAUGCCAACAGACCUGAGGUCAAUCACUGAUCGCGCCGCCUCAACCCUCCUUUGGACUGAACUCUUUAGAGGUUUGGCGAUGACCAUGAGCUACCUGUUUCGCGAGCCUGCCACCAUUAACUACCCGUUCGAGAAAGGCCCUCUGUCGCCCCGCUUCCGGGGAGAACACGCCCUGCGCCGCUACCCUAGCGGAGAGGAGCGCUGCAUUGCCUGUAAGCUGUGUGAGGCCGUCUGUCCAGCUCAGGCAAUUACUAUUGAAGCGGAGACUCGAGCUGAUGGCAGCAGAAGAACCACUCGCUAUGACAUCGAUAUGACUAAGUGUAUCUACUGUGGCUUCUGUCAGGAGGCCUGUCCUGUUGACGCCAUUGUUGAGGGUCCUAAUUUUGAGUUUUCUACAGAGACCCAUGAGGAGCUAUUGUACAAUAAGGAAAAGCUUCUCAACAACGGAGAUCGCUGGGAGGCCGAGAUAGCAGCAAACAUACAAGCAGACUACCUUUACAGAUAGACUGGGUGUAAACAGUCACAGCUCACUCCCAUGAGCCGUUCAUGAAAAUAAUAUGACUUACGUACUUUGUUACUUACUAAAGCGAGAGCGUGUAGCUUCAUCUGUAUUUUUGCUGAGUUUGAGUUAUAUUUGAGCUGCAAAAUCUUAACUUUAUUAUAUGGCACCCACAUGACCUAUUCACAAUCUGUCCUUUUGAUCAGUGUAAUGUAUGUAAUAUUGCUUCAACUAUUAAAAAGUUAAGUUACGUGAA